GAGUUGCUUGCCCAGACAGUCUUCUCCUUUUCCUGCUUCAGUUCGAAGCCACGUGCGAAAAUUGGAAAGGAUCACAUGAUUUCGCUUCUCGUCUUUCAUUAACGAACACUCCACAGUCCCCACUCCUACUUUCCUCUCAUCUGAUGCGGGUGGCUACCGUGUUUUCCCAGCCGGUUCUUCCGGUUUCGGCUCCACUUACAUCUUCUCCAAACCCGAUACAGGAACAUUUUCGUUUCGGAUUCCGAAAUCGGCGCUUAAGGUUCAAAGUUUCGGCAUCGAAGAAGCCACUGCCGGAGCUACAGAAUCCCAAGCCAGAUGGUGUUGAAAAAUCGUUUGUAGAAGAAAAGGAAGGUGAAAGUGCUGAUUUCGGAUGGUUGCCUGCCUUUCCUCACGCUUUGAUUGCUUCUAUGUCGAAUUUCCUCUUUGGUUAUCACAUAGGAGUGAUGAAUGGCCCUAUUGUUUCUGUUGCACGAGAGCUUGGUUUUGAAGGAGACCCAAUUCUUGAGGGACUUGUGGUCAGCAUAUUUAUAGCUGGGGCAUUUAUUGGAAGCAUAAACUCUGGUUUUCUUGUGGACAAACUUGGAUGUCGCCGCACCUUUCAGUUUGACUCAAUUCCAUUAAUUCUUGGUGCACUUGUAAGUGCACAAGCCCAUUCCUUGGAUGAAAUACUGUGGGGGAGAUUUCUUGUUGGCCUUGGGAUUGGUGUGAACACAGUUCUGGUUCCAAUUUAUAUCUCAGAGGUUGCCCCAACAAAAUACAGGGGUUCACUAGGAAGCUUGUGUCAAAUUGGCACAUGCCUUGGGAUUAUUACAUCACUGUCCCUUGGAAUUCCCUCUGAAAUUGAUCCACAUUGGUGGAGGACAAUACUCUAUAUUGCAAGUGUUCCUGCAUUUAUUCUUUCAAUCGGUAUGCAGUUUGCUGUGGACAGUCCCCGAUGGCUGUGCAAAGUAGGCAGAUUAGAUGAUGCUAAAGCAGUUAUCCUUAGUCUAUGGGGACCAUCAGAAGUUGAAAGAUCAAUUGAAGAAUUCCAAUUAGUCAUUAAGAAUGAUGGUGCUGAUGUGAGCAGUAGGUGGUCGGAACUCCUGGAGGAGCCACACUCUAGAGUUGCAUUUAUUGGAGGUUCCCUUUUUAUACUGCAACAAUUUGCUGGCAUAAAUGGAGUUCUUUAUUUUUCAUCAUUGACUUUUAAAGAUGUUGGCAUCACAAGUGGUGCUUUAGCAAGCUUAUUUGGUGGGCUCGCGAACUUUUCAGGUUCACUUAGUGCUUCAUAUUUAAUGGAGAAGGAAGGGAGACAAAAGCUCUUAAUUGCUAGUUACUUGGGAAUGGCCGUGUCAAUGUUUCUUGUCGCAUGUGCAAUCAAUUUUCCUAUAGAUGAAGAUCUCAGUCACAACUUGUCAAUAAUUGGAGUUCUCAUGUACAUUUUAGCCUUUGCAAUUGGAGCUGGUCCAGUAACUGGUAUUAUCAUACCAGAACUUAGCAGUGCCAAAAUGCGUGGAAAGAUUAUGGGAUUCAGUUUUUCUGUUCAUUGGGUAUGCAAUUUCUUGGUGGGGCUGUUCUUCUUGGAUAUGGUGGAGAUUUUUGGGGUUGCUCCUGUCUAUACUGGCUUUGGCAGUGUUUCCUUGUUAGCUGCUGUAUUUGCUAAUUAUUUCAUAAUCGAGACUAAGGGACGCACUCUUGAGGAGAUCGAAAUGUCAAUAAACGCGAAUUUAGCAGGCAGAGACAAGCAAUAGUUAAAACAACUUUAAAAUUUAAAGCCAUGGCAAUGGCUGCUGGUAAAGUGUUGGACUUGGUUGAGCAUAGCGGCAGAGAGAUACUUUUGUCUUGUAAGUUUUCAGCUGGUGAUCCUUGUUGCUUAGUUGUGUACAUGAAAAUUUCAAUAUUUUGAAUCAACAGGAAGAAAUGUCUCUUUCUGUAAUCAUCUUCUUAGCAUUUUGCUAACAUUUUAGUUCUUUUAGCACCAAUUAAAUUUCACUUGGUGCAUCUCUUGUCUGAUAAUUCUGAUUAUCAGUUUUAGAUAAUUAAAUUAUUGGGGUCUUAUUAUAUUGACAAAA